GUUUGGGAGGUGCAUAUUUUACCAACAGCACAACAAUUGCAAAAUCGAAAAAGUGAUGAGAAUGUAGCAAUUAUUUGUUCAGUAAUUGGUUUACAAAAAGAUCACAAUGCUAAGGUUGAUAUUAAAUGGUAUCGUGAGGAAUAUGAAGUACCUAUUGAUCGGCAAGAAAGGAUAGCAGUAAGUCGUAUGAAACCGUUAUCAGCACGAUUACUUUUCAUCAAGCCGACAGUUGAAGAUAGCGGUACAUACAAAUGUGUGGUCAAUGUUAGCAAUGGUAAUGGUCAAACAAAGGAUAAAUCAACAAAGAUAUCAUUCAUUCAAGCAGCGAAAUUUAUUGAUGUUGAAUUGGAACAACAUCCGGAAGAGGGUGAAGAUGCGGAAAUUGUAUGUCGUGUGCAUGGUGAUCCAUCAUUGGAAAUUUUUUGGCAAUUUGAAGGCAAAACUAUUCUCGAAGGUGGACCACGAAACUAUGAAUUUAGAGAUUCAAAUCAAAUUUUGAUAAUUCCAAAAUAUGAUUCCGGUCUUGAUGAUGGUCAAUACACAUGCAGUGCAGCACAAUUUUACUCCUUUGAAACUAUUGUUAUCAAUGUUACCGGAUAUGCACGUCCAAAAAUAGCAAUACUUGAUGGAUCAGAAGCAACAUAUGGUGUUGAAGGUCGGGAUUUUGUGAUCCGAUGCCAAGCUGUUGGCAAACCUAAACCACAUUAUCAAUGGAUAAAAUACAAUGAUGGAGAUGAGGAAAUCAUUGCACCUUCCGAGAAAUAUGAUCUGAAUGAUGGUACUCUUAUAAUUCGGGAUUUGAUCCCGGCAGAUCGUGGUACAUACAGUUGUAUCGCCAAAAAUGCUCUGGAUGAAGCACGACUUGAUUUUAAUUUAACAGUCUUCAGUAAACCAAGGUUGAAAUUGAUGAAGAAUUUGACGGUUACACGUGGUGAUACGGUCAGAUUGGUAUGCGAAUUCAGUGGUGAUGGAUAUUUGAAAGCUAAAUGGUUACAUCUUGGACAGGAAUGGUCAGGUAGACCAAUGAAUCAGACUGAACGAAUGUUCGGUUUUAAUUCAAGUUCACUGAACAGAUACAAUACUGUUGCUGGUAAUAAUUUGAAUACCGGUAAUACUGCUGUUGAGGAUAGCCAUGUGAUGGUUAAUGAAGGUAAUGGUAUUAUUAUUUUGACGUUGACAACCGUGGAUGAAGAUGACGCUGGCCAGUAUCAGUGUGUAGCGGAAAAUGAGGCCGGCACGGGUCAAGGCUCUGUUUUCCUCUCCAUUAUUCAUGCAGCACGAAUUGUUGACCAUAGUGGAACAAAACGUGCCUUAAAAGGUGGUGUAGCGGUAAUUUAUUGCGGUGCAAGUGCUGUUCCGGAACCUGUUUGGACAUGGACUGGCCCAUCCGGUAUCAUUCAUGCUGAUGGCUCGAAGUAUAUCUUCGACACUCGAACUGUUACUGCAACUCUCACUGUACGAGACGUUAAUCAGCAUGAUUUCGGUAAGUAUACCUGCAUGGCUGAUAAUGGUAUUGGUCCACCUGAUCAAGCUGAACUUCGACUGAUUGAAAUUUUACCACCGCUAACACCAACUAAGCUAAAUUGCCAUGAGCGUGGUUAUCCAAAUUUUGGUAUAUGCACUAUUGGUGAAUUAAAAAAUUCACCACCUGGAAAAUUGCCGUUAAAUAUCACAUUUUAUCUUAUGCCUGAAGAUAAGACGAACAGAGGCAAUCGUGAAAUGGAUGCAAUGAAUAUAACUUUUGAAUUUGAUGGCGAACAUGAAUUUAAAUUUCAUCAUUUGGAACCGAGAACCAGAUAUGAAAUUCGAGCGCAAGCGAUCAAUGAAGCUGGUGUUUCAGAAUUGAGUGCUCCCGAUAUCAUCGAAACUACUGAUCCAUGGGCACCGGAUGCACCAACUGAUAUACAUUACGAUUGUUCGAAAGCUUGUAAAAUGACUUGGAGUGAACCAAAUAAUCGUGGUUCACCAAUUACUGCAUAUAAACUAAUUUUGAAAGAAAUUACGCAUACUGAAAUGAAACAUUAUGGUGCGGAAAGUUUCGAGCUCGAUUUAGGUGCUGAUGAUCUCAAAGUGGAUUUGUCAUUCCUGAAACCACUUACAACUUAUGAAGUAAAAUUAAUUGCUGUAAAUGAUGUCGGUAAUAGUAAUGCUCAUUCAGUUAUGCUCAAUACAUCCGAAUAUAUGGAAGGUGGUCGUCAUGAUGAUGAUGAUUCCAGUUGGUUGGCAAUUUUAUUGUUAAUCAUAUUAUUAUUUUUAUUGCUAGCUCUUAUCGUAGAUGCUAUGUGCUGCUUAAAGCAACAUCGUGGAUUUUUAGCAUUAAUUUGUUCAACAUUUUUUGAAUUUGAUCAGGGAAAUCAUGCUAACAAAUCAAAAAAUGGAUUGCAAAAUGAUAAAACCGAAAAUAAUCGCUUAUUGACAGAUGAACGAAACAAUCCAUUGGUUGAUGUGAAGUAUGUUUGUUGA